AUGUAUUACGUGCAAAUAUCGUGUAGGUACCAACCAUUCCAAUAUCAAAAGGAUGAAAUUAGCAGAGCGAAACGGCCGCGGGACUCGAAACGUGCAGAAAUGUGGUCUUCAACAAAUUUCGCCACAAUUACAAUGUUCUUAAUAUUCGCGUCCGCUUUUUAUCCAGCGAUCUCAUACACACCGCUCACAAAGGACGAACAUUUGGAUCGCAUCAACAAGAUGAACGAAGAUGUCGAACCGUUUCGAAAAAAUUUGACGGAAUGCGCGCGACAAGUUACGGCAUCGAUGGCUGACGUCGAAAACUUUUUAAAGAGGAUUCCACAAUCUACUACGCAAGGGCAAUGUUUUGUAGCUUGUAUUCUUAAAAGGAAUGCGAUUAUAGUUAAAAACAAGAUUGAUCAAUCUAAUCUGCUAGCGGCGAAUGCAGCAGUGUACGGUGAGGAUAGCGAAGUGAUGGCGCGAUUGAAAGCGGCAAUUGUGGAAUGUUCCGAUGUGGUAGAGAGUAUAUUUGAGAUAUGCGAGUAUGCUUCUGUAUUCAAUGAUUGUAUGCAUAUGAAGAUGGAACAUAUUUUGGACAAAGUGACAAUGGAGAGGCGAAUGGAGGCACUGGGGCAAAUGACGUCUAACCCUGAUGAAUGGAGUGAGGAUGAAGACGAAAUGUUGAAAUUAGUGAAAGAUGAACUUUAG